CUGCAUUGCACUUUCACAAUGUGUUCAAUCUGACGUAUCGCUUUAGGCAACUUAUUAAAAUAUUAACUUCCAGAUACCCCAAAUCUACCAUUUUAAUUCCUUUCUCAUUUCAUUAUAAUCGCACUUUUUUUUUCUUCUUUAUUUCUCUUCCCUUUUGGUAUGAACCCAUUCGCGACUUGCACGUGUAUUUCAUCCUACCAACCAUGUGCCUACCUGCUUGAUUCACAGCCUAAUAGCAACGUCACUCCCUAUGAUUAUGGAUCGCGAUUCACCAAAAUCACCAGGGGUACUGGCAGCGAAACCCAACGGAAAUGCCAAUACUCACACCAACGGUAACGGCCUCGGUGGUAGGACCUCGACGCAACCCUUUGGUAACCGACGAACAUCUAGAAAGAGUAUCGGUAAACUCGAGUUGAAAGAGAAUCUUAUACCCGACCCCGAUAUCAACACUAGCAACGGUACUCGACACCCUUUAUAUUCAAGCCCGAAAUACAUUCCCCAUAGCAACAGCUUCAGCGCAGCAACGAAUAAAUCCCCCGAAUCACCACGCGAAUCGCGAAUACCGCAACCUACCAAUAACGUCCCUUUUGCCACUUCUCCCGAACAGCGAAGCAAACCAGGAAAUUUUCGCAGCCAGUCCGUCGAUAUGCGACAACCCUUAAAUAUCAAGUCGGCCUUUGCGCUGGCUUCAAAGCAAGAGGAGGAUCAAUCCGACAGCACCUUUGAUAUCAAAGACGCAUUUAAGAUGGCUAGCGCCGAAUUGAAUAGACCUGUCGAUGGUUCGCCAAGUCCCGCUCCGCGAAGUUCACACCUAAGGCGCCAGUCGUACAGCGCCGUUCCACAGAGAAUAUUCUCAGGCGGGUCAAAUGGCGAUUUAGGAUCACAUCUGCGACAAUUCGACCAGAACCAUCAGCUCGGUGCAGGCAAUCGGCCGCUUAAUGGCCUCUUUGGUGGCGCUCGUGUUGGACCUAGGGUUUCGGAAACUGGUAGUAUUUUUGCUAAGAAAGCCAGUGACGGUAAUCUUGGAGCUUCUUCGGCGCGUCGUAGGAACAGUCAGCGGGAAGCAAGCUCAUGGGAUAAGGGGGCCGUCGGCGCGCUUGCCCCUAUUCCAUCGAUCGAGUAUGAAUCUACCAGUGAUAGGCCGGACGAUCCAGCUUCGCCACUCAAUCAACCGGCCCAAUUGUCGCCCGAAAAGAGCCUCAACUGGGAGCUGGAUGCCGAUUUCACAGCUGGAGAUCUCCAAGUUUCCAACAGUCCUCGUAUUCGAACCGAGCAGUCCAAUGGGAGACCUCGACGACAAUCAAGUGCUACGAGUUCCCCAGCCAGCGGCACACCGAAUCGUCGUCGUAGCAAUAAUCGCAUCGACCAAAUUCGGCGGAAGGAAAUUGAAGCCGCAAAUGCUGUGUUGUCUGAAGAUGAUCCGUCUUCGAUUAGACGGACGAAUAGUAAACUUGACGAGAUACGAGUGCGAGAAAUGGAAUCGUUAUCUAAGCGAGCAGUAGCUACGAGCAGGCUCGACGAGAUACGAAUAAGAAAUUCUGAGGCGCGUUCGGAGUCACCAGAACUUGACAGAAAUUCGAACAAAGAAGAUCUGCAGGCGGGUUCGCUUCAGUCAGAUAAGGAACCUACAAAGACCCCAACCAGCAAAGAGGGGGGGGAAGCGAAAGAGGAGACCUUAGACAUACCCGUCACAAUUUUUCGUAAUACAUCCGAACAGAAAUCUAGUGAGGCAUCUAAUGGGAAGAUCCUCGAUCCUAAAGUGACAGAAGACAAGGAACCAGAAUUAUCACAAAAUGACUCUCACGACUUACUUCGUCGUCUCGCACGAGCGACCAGUUCUAGUCCCCCCUCUGAAAAAGUUGACCAGCAAGUUCCAGACGAUCCUCCAGCGACAAAAGCGCCCGAAAGUAGAGAGAGCAGCCGCACGCGCCCGACUCGAGAGGAGAGGAGACCUAGGAACCUAGAGGUCAAGAACCCGGAAGUUAAGGGCUCCAGAGAAAGGCCGACAGUUGGGUUUGCAGGCUUACAAAGAGUCAAAUCUACUGACUCGAUUCGGGAAAAGCGAGGUAGUGUGCCUGGCUCUGAAGCAGAUCCUACGGACCGUAUUGAGGCUGAGAUGAAACUUUUUGCACCGUUGGACAAUUAUUCUGAAAAAGGAUCUGUCCGGGCACCGUCACCUAUUCCAUCGGAGCCAUCGGAGCUAGCCGAAGAAGUGACACCCCGACCACCCAAGAUUGACCCAUUGACACAACCAACUCCACGUAUCUCCGGUGCUUAUGUUGAAACGCCGGCUACUGUUAGAGUUAAGCAAGACGGUCGUUCAGAUGAAAAAGAGGUCUCGGAUAACCUCAGCCUAAUUCCAGAGAUAAGUCUCGAGCUUCAUGACAAGAAAUUUAGUGAAAAACUAGACGACAACAGCAUAAAACAAGAGACAAACAGCGAUAUCAAACCCUCAAGAAGAGCAUCAAUGACGCGAUCUUCUUCCGUGCCCGCUUCCCCACGUCGUACUCGAUCUGCUUCUAGACGCCGUCGACCAUUGCGCCCCCCGAUUAAUACAGCCAAACCUCCAUCUGUUAAAGAUGACAUUCGAGCCAUUCUACACAUGAAUGAAAUCGACGAUUCAACUCUUGAUGAUUUUGAUUCCAUUCUUGCCGACCAAGAAAUUGACGACGAGGAACUCAAACAGAUGGUGGAUGAUACCAUGGACAAAAUCGAUAGUGAUCUUGAGCUGCCCGGGCUUUCAGAUAGGGAUCGUGAGCUUGAAAUCUACGAUAGGAUGAGCAAAUCGCUUAAGACUGGCCUACUGGGCAUACGAUCUGCAAAGAAAGGGAUCGAGCGUCUAGAAGAUAAAGUUAUGCACACCGAGCACCAUAACGAUCACAAGCCAGAUCAAAUUCCCUCCGAUUUGAAAAACCCCGGCCCGAAACCCGAAAUACGCCUUACCACCGAUCCAAAUGGUUCUACUUCUACCACAAUCACCAUCCCGGCUCUAUAUCGAAAAUCACCAAAACUAAGGCCUACGAAAUUUGGCGUGCUACUUCUAGCAGUAUCUAUAUGGUAUAUUAUUGAGUCCAUUUUCUGCUCCUUAUAUGUAAUCAAUUACCAUUGUACGCCGCAAGUACCCUGCCAAUGGUCACCGAAUGAACCCUAUUUCCCAUAUGCGAUGCCUUUCAUGAUAGAUGAAUGGACCACUGGAGGUAGAGGAAGGGAGUUAACUUGGAAAAUCGGCGAAGAAGUGGGGGAUUUUCUUGCCGAAGUCUCUGACUGGGCUACAAACACGGAUUUCUCCAAGUUUGAUGAGAGGUAUAUGAAUGUCUGGCAGCGCAAAAGACAUAAGAGGCGACUGCGAAAACAUGGUUUGAUUCCAAAAUGGGUGCCUCCUCCGGGUUACCAACCCAAAUUUGAACAAUGGAAUGCCGCACGUCUGGCUAGAGAAGCUGCGAUAGCAAAUGGGGAAGAGGUGGACGAUGAAACGAUGGACGCGGACGAGGUAAUUAGGUGAGAUGAUGCGCCCAUAGUCAAUUACCUUGGAUCACGAUCGCGAACACCGCUGCGUAUAUUACGCUUUCGAGCCAAAAUAUCUGCACCACCGAUAUGUACAUUACACAGGCUGUAUACUUAGGUCGGGCGCAAUUUUGCAUUUGGAGCAGGCGAUAGUGGG